GUACACCAGUAUCGGCUAUAUAUAAAUCCUUGCCUCUUUGCAUAAUUGCUAGAAGAAAGAAAAAGAAAGAAAAAACUGGCCAUUUAAAUUCUCGAUCGCCAUUACCAUCUGAAUUGGAUCCCACACAGUGUCGAAGCUUGAAAACAGCGCAACAAUGGCGAGCCAUAACGUGGUAGUGAUCCCAUACCCAUCCCAAGGGCACGUGAAUCCCCUGAUGCACCUCUGCCAAUCCUUCGCAAAACAGGGCAUCAAAUCCACCGUCGUCAACACCGAAUUCGUGCACGCCAAAAUGGUGAAGGCAAUGGGCGAUAAAAUUGAAUCGGUUCUCGGCUCCCGCAUCGAGCUCGUCGCCGUUCCGGACGGAUUCGGCCCCGACGAGAGCAGAGACAAUAUCGAGAGGCUGUUCGUCGACAUCAUGAACAAUCUCCAAUUCGAAUUCGAGAAGCUGCUCCCCAAGAUGAACUCGGAGAUCGCCGGUGGAAUCGCCUGCGUGAUCGUGGACUUGUCGAUGGCUUGGAUUCUGGAGAUCACUGAGAAAUUGGGGAUCAGAGGAGCCAUUUUCUCGCCUUUCACGGCGGCGCACUCUGUUUUGAAUAUUAGUAUCAAUAAGCUUAUUGAAGACGGCAUUAUCGAUGCCGAAGGAGUUCCGAUGCAAGGGGCCAGAAUUCAACUGAAGCCGGGAAUGCCAUACAUGCGCACGCGAGACCUGCCAUGGAUGUGCGUUCCCAUAAAAAAGUCACAGAGGAUUUUAUUCGAACACCUGGUGCGCAUCCAGCGCGGCUACGAGCUAUCCAAAUGGUGCCUCUUCAACAGCGCCUACGAACUGGAGCCGGAAUCAGUGUCAUUCCAUCCCAAGAUCCUGCCGGUGGGGCCACUAAUGGCGAGCGAGGCCGGCCAAUUCUGGAAAGAAGACGCCUCCUGCCUCGAAUGGCUGGACCAGCAACCCCCAUCCUCGGUAAUCUACUUGGCCUUCGGGAGCUUCACCGAUUUCAGCGGCGCCCAGUUCGAGGAGCUCGCCAUGGGGUUGGAGCUCACCGGGCGGCCGUUCCUCUGGGUGGUCCGGCCGGGAACAGAGCAGAAGCUGCCGGCGGGUUUCAGAGGCAGGAAGGCGAAAAUCAUAGGGUGGGCGCCGCAGCAGAAGGUGCUGAGGCACCCGUCGGUGGGUUGCUUCUUGAGCCACUGCGGGUGGAACUCGAUUCUGGAGGGCGUGAGCAACGGGCUGCCGUUCCUGUGCUGGCCGUACGUCGGGGAUCAGCACUUCAACAUGAGCUACGUGGACGAUAUCUGGAAGGUGGGAUUGGGGUUCGAUCGGGACGAGAAGGGGACGGUGAGCCGGUGGGAGAUUAAGAAGAAGGUGGAGCAGCUGCUGGGGGAUCCCAGUUUCAGAGCAAGAAGCGCACAGCUUCAGCAACUGGUCAGGAACAGUGUGAAACCGGAGGGGCUUUCUUCCAUCAAUGUUGAUAAAUUCGUGAGAUGGGUGAAGGAGGAAGGACAAAACGAAGCUGUAGUUUAGACGUUUCCAUUCCACAAUUUUUAUUCAAAGAUUGCUAGCUCGACUGUGUGUGGGCGUUUGUGGAGAUGGAUGGAUUUUAUACCUCCUCUCCUUUCUCUUAUUCUCGAACAAACAAAUAAUUAUUCAUCUGUGAACUCUUAACUAAGACAACUCCUCUUCCUUC